CACAUCACUGAACCUUUGUAUUCUCCUCAUUUUCUCUCAAAACCUCUCAAACCUUCUUCUUUAUCAAUCCAUGGCCAAGGGUGAGAAGAAACCUGCUGAGAAAAAACCCGCAGAGAAGACACUGGAGAAAGCGAAGGCGGAGAAGAAGAUCCCUAAGGAUGCUACCUCCGGUGACAAGAAGAAGAAGAGAAAAGCGAAGAAUGUGGAGACCUACAAAAUCUAUAUCUUCAAGGUUCUGAAGCAGGUUCACCCUGACAUUGGAAUCUCCAGCAAGGCAAUGGGGAUCAUGAACAGCUUCAUCAAUGACAUAUUUGAGAAGCUCGCUCAAGAAUCAUCGAGGCUCGCUCGUUACAACAAGAAGCCUACUAUCACAUCGCGGGAGAUCCAGACCGCUGUUCGUCUUGUUCUUCCCGGUGAACUAGCUAAGCACGCCGUCUCUGAAGGCACCAAGGCUGUCACCAAAUUUACCAGUUCUUAAGCUGUUUCACCAGGGUUAGGGUUUUUUGAUGUAUAUUUUGAAUCUUUGCUCUGUAAUGAUAUUUUGUGUUUUCUGAGAAGUUUAAGUUAAAUAUAUUGCAGUUUUUCAGAUCUGGUCUUCUUUGAUUAUUGGAAUUCAUACCGAGCAUGUUUUUAUCCCA